UCCAAUCCCACAAUCCACCGCUCGUUCUUUUUGCGGCCAUCUUGGAUAGGAUUCAACAUGGGGCAGCGAUUGCAGUACAGACGGCGUUUGUCAUACAACACGAAAUCAAAUCGCAAACGAAUUUCCAAAACUCCAGGUGGCAAGCUGGUAUAUUUAUACACCAAAAAGAAGGGAACCGUACCAUCAUGUGGUGACUGUAAAAUGAAAUUGUUUGGGGUUAUUGCUGCUCGUCCUAAACGCCUAAUGUCUUUAUCGAAAACUAAGAAACAUGUAACAAGAACGUAUGGUGGUUCUAGAUGCAAUAAAUGUGUCCGACAAAGGAUUGUGAGGGCGUUUCUUAUUGAAGAACAGAAGAUUGUCGUAAGGGUGCUAAAAGCACAAGCCAGCAAGAAGAAGGCAUAAACCAACAUUCUUUGAUUUGUAAUUACAUAAUGUAUUAAAAAGUUGCUGGGAUAAAUGU